AUGCGAUUCCUCUGCGUAGCUAUCCUCGCCUGCCUGGUGGCUCUUUCCAGCUCGGCCACCACCUCGGGCUCCACCCCGACUGUCACUCCCGCAGCCACCACUACCCCUACUGCCACUCCCACGGCCAGCACUUCCACCCCCACUACUGCCACUCCCACAGCCAGCACCUCCACAUCCACCUCCACAAACUCCAGCUCGACUGCCACGACGACCACCACUGAGGCUGCCACCACAACCACCACCGCAGCCACCACCCACAAGGAGAAGCACGUCCACCACUGGAAGGUCGUCACCCACAAGGGUGCCAAGGUUCAUAAGGAGAGGAGGGAGCGGAGGAGGAACAGGGAGCAGUCCGGAUCCGAGAGGAGACGUCGUUUUCGUAACUAG